GUUGUGCUAGAUAAAACCCCUGAAAUGGGAAAAACCCUUUCUUCAGUUCACUGUGCUUUUUCCAUCUCAUUGGAUUUCACUCUCUCUACCCUGAAUUGAAUUGAAUUGAAGAAAAAGAAAGAGUAAAGAUGGUGGUGAGAUUAAGAUUAUCAAGAUUAGGAUGCAAGAACAAGCCUUUUUACAGAGUCAUGGCAGCUGAUAGCAGAUCUCCUCGUGAUGGCAAGCAUUUGGAAGUUCUUGGUUACUACAAUCCUUUACCAGGUCAAGAUGGUGGUAAACGAAUGGGUCUUAACUUCGAUAGAGUGAAGUAUUGGCUCUCAGUUGGAGCUCAGCCUUCAGAUCCUGUUCAGCGCCUUCUUUUCAGGGCUGGUGUGUUACCUCCUCCCCCGAUGUUGGCAAUGGGACGUAAAGGUGGGCCAAGAGACACCAGGCCAAUCGAUCCCAUGACUGGACAGUAUUUGACAGCAGAGAACUCAACCAAAAGUGCUCAAUCUAAAGACGGUGGCGAAGACGCCGCGUCAACCUCCUAAAGUUUAUGGAUUAUGUCAUGUGGUAGGUGCAUGAAAGAAAACAUUUUGGAAUCUGAAUAAUCUCUUACAAGCCCUCUUAAUACGAGAUUGACAUUGGAAUAUCUUGAGUUGCUCUUGAGUUUUUCCAUCUCAUGCAUGUUAUCAAGCUAUACCAUUUCGGUGUUAUUAUUUUGCUUCCAUAUUUAAAUUUAACACGGGAAAAUGUUAUGCAUCUCAAAAAUUAUUCACAAUUUUUUUUCUAAAUC